AUGAUUCUCAAAUGGCUUUAUCCUUCUUCAUUGAGCAGUAUUGCCAUCAACGUUACUCCUUCUCGGACAACCAAAUAUCCCAAUUUAUCCCUCAGAAGCACAACCUUAAAAAAUGUUGCCAUCUCUUGUUCCAAAGCAAGAACUGAUGACAACAUCAAAGAAUCAAAGAAAAGCUACAAAGGCACCUUCCCAUCCCCAACAACAUUCUGCCCUUGUUGUGUUACAAGAAGGCGUCUCAUAGAAGCGUUUGGCAAUGCUCUUCUUUUUCCUAUUGCUCCGAAUUCUUUUGCUGCAAAUGAUCCCAUGGAUAUGCUGAACAGAAUUCACCCUCCAAGACCAGAUUGGUAUGAGGAGUUAUUUGCAUCAGUAAUGGAAACAGGCAUGAAAGCAUAUGAGGCUGAGAUUGCAGGUUAUAAAUUGCCACUUUUUUCUAAUCUGAGAGGAAAGGCUGAUAAAAUAUUGGAAAUUGGCAUUGGGACAGGUCCGAACCUUAAAUAUUAUGCAGAUGAACCCGGGGUUGAAGUUUUUGGUGUAGACCCGAACAAGAAGAUGGAGAAAUAUGCACGGGCGGCAGCAGAUGCUGCAGGCCUUCCAUCUACAAAAUUCAAAUUUUUGCCAGCCGUUGCAGAAGCUAUUCCAUUAGCUGAUGAAUCUGUUGAUGCUGUUGUGGGCACGCUUGUGCUAUGUUCUGUUAAAGAUCUCGACCUGACAUUGCAAGAGAUAAAGAGGGUGCUCAAGCCUGGUGGAUUGUACGUGUUUGUUGAACAUGUUUCAGCAGAUGAUGGAACAAUUCGAAGAUUCAUGCAAGGUGUGCUUGAUCCUUUGCAACAGAUUGUUGCCGAUGGCUGUCAUUUAACGAGAAAAACAGGAGCAAUCAUUGGUAAAGCCGGCUUUUCAGAUGUUGAACUUAACCAAGCUUUCUUGACUACUGCUUCAAUCAUCAACCCUCAUGUCUAUGGGAUAGCUCACAAGUAG